UGCAGCAGCUACGAACUUUCCGGGUUGCUGUUUCGCAGCUGGGAACGGGCUCCGACGAAAGGGAAUUUCGAAAACGUUUGGGGGGUUUCGCAUGAUAGAUGAUGAUGACGUGGGAUGCUUGGAGAGAGACGGGCACUGUUUCGGUAGCGUGGGAUAUUCUGCCUUUCUGCCUUUCUGCCUUCCUUCCUUCCUUCCUUUCUUCUUCUUUCUUCUUCCUGGACCCUCAUAGUAACAUUCCUUCCUUGGGAAACUGCUGCUGUGUGGGCAGGCAGGCGGAUUGCUCGGCCGCGCCCCCAGCAGCAUUCCUCAGGUACUUACCGUGUGCGAUCUCAAGCCCGGGCGUGUACCGGCUUUCAAUGCUGCUACCCGGCAUUAGACCCAGCCAGUCUGUCUGUCUGUCUUUAGCUUUCGCCUUCCAUCAUCCAUCCCGUCAAUUCUCCUUGGUCAGGUUGUUCUUCCCCCCGGGAACCCGGUGGACAGGAUGGCAGAUCAUCGAAAAAGAAAGGAAAUAAUUUAGGUGGGUGUGCAUCAGGGCAGACCCGGACGGAGUAUAUACUACUAUACAUGCAAGACAGGGCAUUCGGUGUAUUCACUACUACAGUAUUCACUCUGAAUAAUGUGCAGCAGCAGAUGAUGAUGAUGAUGCAGCCUGCCGUCCCCGGUGUUCAGAUCAGUUUGGGUCACGGAUCCAUCUUGUUCCGGCCUGGCCCAGGGAGGACCUAGAUAGGUACCCAGUACCCCUAGGUAUCAUAUUUGCUUUUUCCCCUGGCCCAAAUAAAAGG